UUUUUUUUGCAAGAGCGGGUUGACAGCAGUCAAGAACAGGCCGAAGUGGGUAAACAAAUUGGGUAUGUGUGGAAGAACUCGUCCAAAUCAACAAAGUUUUAUCUCGCUUUGUAUUGAUAGUAUGCUCGUGGUUGUUCCAAAACGUGCCUGAGACAGCUGAAAGAGAAGCUAAUUAGCAAAUAGCGCUCUUAACGCAACUUUUUAGAUAAAUAGGUUAAGUUAGCUAACGUGUGCUAGCUCGGGUUAGCCGGCUAGCUCGCCUGUCCGCUGGCUCGCUGUCCGGCCGUUAUGUCAUCGCCUUCUUCGUCCUCGCGGCGCCAGUGGUGUUACCUGUGCGACCUGCCCAAGAUGCCCUGGACGGUGGUGUGGGACUUUAGCGAGGUGGUGUGCCGCGGCUGCGUCAACUACGAGGGCGCCAACCAGAUCGAGUUCCUGAUCGCUAGCGCGCGGCAGCUGAAGCGCAGCCACGGCAUGCAGGACGGGAACGUCCGCUCGCCUGGACCGGGACCCUCGCCUCACAAGCACGCCGCGCCCGGCCGCGGAGAACCGGCGACAGACGGCCAGCGGUCGCAUGGUGAGCGCUUUGACCGUGGUGGCAGAGGGGAGAGUGGCAACGUGGCCGCCGCUCGCGUGCCGCCGAACGGGCUGCACCGCGACGGGCAGCCGCCGCAAGAAGUGAACCGCCAGAGUCCCAGUGGGAGCCGUAGACCCAUGAUCGGGGCGGCCAUACCCCCGAAUCUAGUGACUCAGAGCAUAGCGGGGAUCCCCCACGGGCUGCUGGCGGGCAUGCCGGCGGGCCUGACUGCCAGGACGGCCCCUAUGAGCAGCCCGAUGAUAUUCCCGGCGCCGGUGCUGGCUGAGAUGAACCGCCGCCAACUGGGCAUCGGCAUGGGCAUCGCCCCCUUCAUCACGCCGGAGCUCGAACGGGAGCUGAGCUCGUCCCAGCCCAAGUCGCAAACCCAGGGCCACGCCGGCUUGCCCUCGUCAUCGGCCUCUGUUAGCCAGACGAGCCCCAAGCCAGCGUCGUCCCCGGCCAGGCAGCCGCGGCCUCUCACCGCCCGCGCCGGAGGGGAGCCGCUGUCGUCCGGCAGCUCAUCCGAGGCGGCCACCACUGCCGCCGCAGCGCUGCCCCACAGCGGAGCGUCCGAACUGGGCUCCACCUCGGCCGGCAACAGCCUGACCGGAAGCACCUUGUCCUGCACGCUGUGCCACGAGCGGCUGGAGGACACACACUUUGUACAAUGUCCGUCUGUGCCGGGACACAGGUUCUGCUUCCCAUGCACCAGAGUGUACAUCCAGAGCCGGCGGGGUGACGGUGAAGUAUACUGCCCCAGCGGUGAGCGCUGUCCGCUGGACACGUCAAACAACAGCCCCCCCUGGGCAUUCAUGCAGGGUGAGGUGUCCACAAUCCUGGGCACUGGUGUGGGGGUUGCCCCGUCAGCCGCCCCGCCGGGAGCGGGCCCCGGUGGACCAGGGGGGCCUGGCGGUGGUGCCAACGGAGCCCCGGCCCAGAGCGGCGACGUCACCGUCAAGAAGGAGCGGGAGACGUGAUGAUGGUUUCUGUGGCAACCUGGAACAAAGGCAGGCAGGUGGAACACACAAACAUGAUUCUACUACUCUAUAACCUCAGUGUGGGCCACCAAGUGCACACGUAGGGUGAUAGCGCAUCUUAGUGACAGAAAAUCAAGAACACUCUUAUUUUCCUCACGAAAAGUAUGGCGCACAAACUAAUUCUAGCAUUGACAUUGUGUGGAUCAGACAAAUUGUCCACUCAAAAUUGGGAUACCAAGGGUGAUCCCACUUUUUUAAUUGCCACAAGAUGGCAGCACAGCACUACUUUUGUCUCUAUAAAGCUCCUCAACUCACUUCAAUGUAGUUCCUUGUCUCAAGGCCAGUCAAAAUGUCCCCCAAAGAAAUACAGCACCACUUGCCUCACUAACAGAAAGACAACAACAACAACAAAAUUCAUCAAGCAAUUAAUCAAUGGACGCACGCACACAAUUACUGUCAUGUGGCCUGCCUGCCAGUGGGUGAAUGUAGAAGACAGACAAGUGUUUCCUUUUAGAAGGUUCCUGGUUGUUUCAAGUGCAAUCCUCCAAUUUACAAGCUGUUAUUAAAACGGUUGCGCGACAUUACUGACAAGUUUUUUUUGUAAUUUGUCUUUUUUUUCCCCAAAAAGGUAAUUUAGUAGUUUGUUGGAGCUUUUUUCCCUUCUUGCAGAACCAGAAUGUUCCUCGCACAGACGAACCAAACCAAAGCCAAUGUAUGUGUAUACAAUCUAUACGGCUAUAUGCUAAUGCUAACGGUGUAAGACAAGUGCCUUGUGCAGAAGUGUCCCGCCUCCUCGCGGCGUCGCCAUGGUGACGACCAAUCUGCUCUUUCGUCUUUUGACUGCCGCUUCUUGUACAAAACGACCCAGUGGGGAAUAAACCAGAUGAAAAAAAAA